AUAUCUCUACGCCUCUCCUGAAGAAAAUUUCUUCGAAACUUCCAUCUGCAUUACUGAUUUAACUUUAUUUCAGACUUAUCAAGAGUUUUAAAGCAACUUUCAAAGAAUUCGCAGCAAGAAUAUUUGAAAUAUUGAAAUGUGUGGGUGUGAUUGAAGCUGCGCGGAUUAAUAUUUGUUUGACAGUAUUAGUCUUCAAACAUAGUUCCCUCCAAGACUAGAGAACAAGAGAAUCUCUCACGUAGGGAGAGUUAAGUGCAAAAAUUAGAGGAUAUUUCGAUCUGUUAACCAUGGUGAAUUCCCUAGACUUACACUAGCCCAAAUGGAUGUAUUUACUUCAUUUUGGAUCAACAAAUUUGUCUGUAUACGGACCCAAGGGCUAAUGUUUUGACAAGCACUGGCGGAAUUCGCUUUAUUAAACAAGUUAGACACCACUGUCUGUAUGCGUGAAUGGCUGUCAUACGAAAUUUUUCUUAAGUGUCUUGUCUUUCAUAUUGUCAUUAUGAGUAACCUGCCAAAACAACAUGGACCAGGGGAGGAUCAGAGCAGGCGAGGGGCCAAGUCAGGGGUUCGAAUGAGACCAUCAAGUCAAAGUAAUUCCAGUGUUUUGAUGGUAGGGCCCAACUUUAGAGUGGGCAAAAAAAUCGGAUGUGGUAACUUCGGAGAACUCCGGCUUGGUAAAAAUCUUUAUAAUAAUGAACAUGUUGCAAUUAAGCUGGAACCAAUGAAAUCCAGAGCUCCACAAUUACAUUUGGAAUAUAGGUUUUACAAACAGCUUGGUCAAGCAGAAGGCAUACCUCAAGUGUAUUAUUUUGGCCCUUGUGGAAGGUACAAUGCCCUUGUGUUGGAGUUACUCGGGCCAAGUUUAGAGGACUUAUUUGAUAUGUGUGACCGGCGAUUCACUUUAAAAACUGUCCUUAUGAUUGGUAUACAGCUCAUUAAUCGUGUAGAAUAUGUUCAUUCCAAACAUCUAAUAUACAGAGAUGUUAAGCCAGAGAAUUUUCUAAUUGGAAGACAGUCAACAAAGAAGCAAAAUAUCAUACAUAUUAUAGACUUUGGUCUAGCAAAGGAAUACGUUGAUGCUGAAACACAUAAACACAUACCCUAUCGAGACCAUAAAAGUUUAACAGGAACAGCUCGCUAUAUGAGCAUAAAUACACAUUUGGGAAAAGAACAAAGUCGGAGGGACGACUUAGAAGCAUUAGGUCAUAUGUUUAUGUACUUUUUAAGGGGCAGCCUGCCUUGGCAAGGACUUAAAGCAGAAACAUUGAAAGAACGAUACCAAAGAAUUGGAGAUACAAAGCGAGCAACGUCUAUUGAAAUUUUAUGUGAAAAUUUUCCAGAAGAGCUAGCAACAUACCUACGUUAUGUACGCCGCCUAGACUUUUUCGAAACUCCAGAUUAUGAAUACUUGCGGAAAUUGUUCACAGAUCUCAUGAACAGAAUGAACAUUAAAUGUGAUUGGGAAUUUGAUUGGACUGGCCGACAGUUGGUAAACAGAACAAACGCCCGCCAAACAGAUGUUAAGUCUACUCCAGUUGAACCAGGUCACCCACAAACUGGAGUCACAGCACAAACAAAUCGAGAUAUGGGACCGAGUCGAGACAGACAUACUUCUGCACCUAAUAAGCCCAGUUCAAAUCAAAGGGGGCUUGCAUGGGGUGAACAACCCCGCCAGAUCAAUAGCUAUCUGGGGGCUAACCUUGCUGCUGAUAGACACGGGGGCUCAGUUCAGGUGGUAAGUUCUACAAAUGGGGAAUUAGCCCCAGAUGAUCCCACUGCUUAUUCUAACACACCAAUUGCAGUACAGGCUGCGGAUGUUGAAGUUGUUGAUGAAACAAAGUGCUGUUUCUUCCGACGACGUAAGAAAAAGAAGAACAGACAAAGCUAAGGCCAAGUGUGUAGUUAUGUGUCUACAAAUCCCUGUUAAAAAUGUACAGUUCAUGAAUGAUCAGAGCAACCUUCGCAUCUUUUCUCUACAUCUUCCUCACUUAUUAUUUUUGGUAUUGUAGCAAUAGCAGACACUGGAAUUUCUUCUGUUGGCCCUGAACAUUGUGUAUAGACAUAAUCUUUGGAUUGGAUCAGGGGCCUUAUCUUUCUACUGACUUAUUAACAGUGGACUAAUUGCUCAGGCACCCAUGCACUUAAUUACACACAUACACACACACUACAGUUGAUUGCUGUGAUGUGUUGUUAUUCAACAUAUGCAUUAGUUUUAUAAUUUUAUCAACAUAGAAAUACUCUAACUGGCUUCCAUUUUUUUUUAACUUAAAGAAAUGUUGUUAUUAUUAUCAUUAUUAUUAUUAUUCCUUCCCUCAAAUGUUCAUUGCUUUAUAUCAACUUGAAAACAAAAAGUUAUUUGUUAGUUUAUAAAUCUAUCGUAACUGAUGCAGCAAUAAACUUCAGUAUUUGUAUCAUCUUUAAAGAUAUACAUUCCUAGGGAGGGACGGUUUUCCUUGCACAUAUGUGUGUGUGCGUGUGUGUGCAAGUGUACAUAUGUAUCUUGGCAUGUGUGUGUGUGUGUAUAUGUGUAUACGUACAUAUGUAUAUAUUUACAUGUGUGCGUGCAUAUAUAUAUAUAUAUAUAUACAUACACUGCAGGCGUAUAUGUGUGUGUACAUAUGUAUGCAUUUUUUUAUAAACUUAUUCCUGCAAAUUCUUGAUUGCUCUUCCUAUUUUCAUUCUCUCAUCUCAUUUAUGGUAGUUAAUCAAUCCAACUCAUUUGUGUAUGUGACUUGUAAUUAUGUUUCUUGAGGCUUACAGUAAAUACUGAUAAAGUCCUUAAACAUGCUGAAGGUUUCUCUUAGCUGUCAAGGGUAUUUUCAUAUUUUCUUACAUUUGCUAAAACUUAGUCUACCUUUAGUAUUGAAUGGGUAAAUGUCCUAUAUGCACACAUGUUAUGAUUAUCACUUGCAUUGACAGACAUUAAAAUAAUCAU